AUGCUCCCCAUUUUGCAGAGGUGGCAUCCAAAGAUGACACCCUACCGGCUCGUUGUGCUCUUGACGACAAUUGGGCUAGGUACGGCAAAGGCAAUCAUGGCUCAUUGUGGUAACUCUAUUGUUUCAACUACUCUGGAGUGGAUAUCAGGUGUCCUGUUGUUUCUGAUCCUUCAUGGGCUCAGUGGGUAUGACUCUUACCGUGUUCGUCUGCCACCUCAGAUUUCCUGGUUCUUUGAGUAUGACUGCGUGGAGUUUGCAUGGCGCAGACUUGCACAACUUCGUUGGCUGUCAAUCGCGGUUCCAGAGUAUAGCUCAGAUGAGAGAUUGUACCUUCACAUGCGCAAUCGAUACUCGAAGUAUCCUCCUGUGACACUAUAUAGGCUUUUGGUGUCUUUUACAGCUGUUUCGUUUGGGAUGACAAAGGCAUAUCUGAGCUACGCUGGCUUGAAUAUUGCUGCCACUUGGACUGACUGGCUUCUUGGAGUGGCUGCGACCACCUGUUUGUACGUUGUGGGGCUUUAUGAGUACAAUUCUGUCGAUAUGUGGCAUACGUUCUUUGUUGUUGAUCAGUCUCAUGCUAUAAUGUCAAUAUCGAAAGCGACAAUGUAUAUCGGAGGCAUCACCCUCUCAGCUGCGUGGUGCUUUGGAUGCCUCUACGGUAUACACAUCUAUUGGCGGGAUCCAUGGCUUAUCUUCGACGCUGUCAUUACCAACGGCAGAAAAUCUGAGGUAUCGAGCACAUUGACUCCGACGUUCAUCGAUGACAUCCAUAAUUUCUGUUUGCACCUCAUGAUGUCUGCAUUCAUUUUGGCUGCAUCAUCCGUGGGAAUAAAAUUUGGUGCUGCCUGCUAUGAUGAGGUGUGGUAUGUCGUAUAUGGCUCAUCCGUCCAUAUGCUAGCAAAGAGGGGGAGAGGAUACAUUCUCCGCAAGAUUGAAAGCAUUCUGUCAUCAUACUUGACCGUGACCACCCGACGGCGUGUACAGAGAGUGUUCUUCUCUUUGUGGGUGUGUGCUGGAAUUGCGAUGUAUCUUGUUGCCAUUGCGGGAGCUUUUGCAAUGUCGAUAGUCUGGUUUGGGUUCACCAUCCGGUUCCGCCACCGUCAACCAGCACCAGAAAGCGAAAAUGGAAGUGACAGUGCAGUCGCGAUAUUGAUACUCUAUAUAUUCUUGAUUUCUUCCAGUGGGGUCGGACUCCUGUGCGUGGGUCUUGCGUUGUAUUUUGCAAGGUCAAUGGUCAGGAUGAACUGGGCGAGGGAGUAUGCUCGGUAUUGA